GGACAGAGGCUUUAUUUAACAGCAUCGUCACAACGUGACUUAAAAUACUUGCAUCAUGUUUGAAGAGUCCACCUUAUGACGUGGUGAAAUGCAAGUGGAAGAUUGCUGAUUGUUCAAGUGGAAGAUUGCUGAUUGUGGAAACAAUCACCUAAAUCUUGAGAGAAAAGGAAAACAACGUUCCAAUUCUAUUGUUUACAAUCUUUGAAAAAGCAAGUGAAACCAAUAGCAUCGUUACGCGAGGGUCUCGUCGCAAUCAUGAAUAGAUCACGGAUCGAAUCCAGAAAACCAUACAUCCAACACCAACUAUAAUACUUUUACAUUAUCAGCCUACACUUACACGCCACAAAUAAUUUUGUUAAGCCUCUGUCUUCAAAUCGUUUAAUCAUUGCAACCCUGUGUAGUUGUUCAAUGUUGGUUAAAUCCAUGAUACUUUAUUUGAAUUUACGAGACAGAGGCAAAGAAUUUGUUAUCGUCCGAGGGAAUUUCAAAGGAGAUUAUUUCAAGAGGGUUCGAGAAAUUCAGGGGAUAAACGCAUUCUGUUAAGGGUUGUUGUUAUUUAGCAGUUUAUUUUUUUUCAGCUGCAUCGGAAUCGGAGGAAUUUAAAUGGAAAAUUGCGUUACCUGUUGGAAAUAACAGAAGUUGUUUAGAUUUUAGGGGUUUGAAUUUGGAUAUGGCUAUUGAACAGAGGAAGGAUCUAGAAGAUUUGCUGGUGCAAUGUUUCGAAUCUCACAGCGAAGGGAAUUGCUCUAGUUCGCAUAAACCUUCGGAAUUUGACUGGAAUCCAAGUUUGCAUGUGAAGAAUGUCACGAGAACCAUAAGGACUCUACAAUUAGACCAUUCACAGAGGUUUUGGAGUCUUGUUUCAUGGAUUGUAGGGUUUAUGAUGAUAUUGGUCAUUCCUAUACUUAGGCUUAUUUAUGUAAAACCUGCAGACAACGAGGCCAGUCACCAGAUAUCAGAAGGAAAGCAUCAACGGACCAGGGUGGAGCAGCAAGACAAAGGCGACAUCGAGCCUACCUCGACUGUUCCAGUCAUUCAGCUUGUAUUUCAGCCUUUUGUGGUGGUGAUUGGAAUUCUUAUAUCUUCUGUAUCCUUUAUAUUUUUUAGCCAAUCCACACGAAAAUAUGGAAUUCAAGGAAUUUUGUAUCUUGAUAUGGCAGCAGAAGAGACCGUAUAUAUACGUGAGGAAUACAAUAAAUUUAUUCAGCGGGGGGCAACUAAACUACUGAAGCUCUUCACACCUGUUCUCGUUCUUUACAUUCUUCAGAAAGGCUGGUUCUACAUUGAUGUUCCCCUUGCUUCUUUGCCUCAUUUGAAUAAUAGAACAGCAAAUAUUGUGAUUAUUAGUAUGUCAGAGGGCAUAUCAUGGGUGUACCAAACAACAACAUUUUUGUAUGCCUGUAUCUUGUUUUGGAAAGUCUGCUAUCUACAAGAGCUGAAAAUGCAACUAUUCAAGGAGAUGCUACUACAAGCCUAUGAUCCUGAAUUAUAUUACAUCAAGUAUACUGGAAUAAUAAAAUGUCUUCAGUCCACAAGCAGGCGGUUCAGAUUAUUCUUGGCCCUUACUGGUUCUAUAACUAUUUUUUCUGCAUUGGCUUCAAUGUAUGUAGUAGUUAAAGAUCGUCAUGGAAUUGGCAUUUUGCUGUCAGGUGAACUGGUGGUUUUAAAUCUUGUGAACCUCACAGGAAUUGGCCUCUGCUUGCAUUCAGCAUCAAAAGUCGCACAUUUACAUCGACGCAUUGUUAAAGCAGCUUCUUCUAUGCAUGCAAAAACUACUUUUGCAACAUCAAAGUGUUAUAUUUCAUCUCAGUGGAAAGAUCAAAGCCUUGAGUUUGAGGAAAAAAUACAACUCUUCAGUCAAGCCCAGGAUGCUUGGUCCCAGCGAUCUGCUCUUGUUAAUUUUAUAUCCAAUAAUAAUGCGGGAAUAUCAGUAUAUGGCUUUGUACUAGAUCGCUUUUUUGUGCAUACUAGUAUUGCCUCUGUAUUGACCACUAUGUGGUUUAUUGUGGGUCAAUCUCUAAGUAGUUCACAAUCAAACAUGUGAAGGGAAAUAUGAGCAACCGAUUAUCCUAUUGCAGAAUUUCAAGAUACAAUUAUGGUUUAUAUUCAUAUUUUUGGUUCCAUAUUUCCUCGAAUGUUUGUGUUGUUUACCAUCAUAGAGCUUGUUAAUAAGAGAUGUGAAGCUUCUUGUGGUGAAGUUUUUCUGAUGGAAAAUUCCUCUUGGAUCCUUUUGCUGGUCAUGCCACAUGGGGAGCAUUUUUAAGUCCUAAAUAAGGACAUUCUUUCUUUUUCUCAGCGAUGUUUUGGCUGUGUAAUAAUUUAUUGUUGGUUACGAUUUAAUGAUUCUUGUCAACUUAGUUACAAAUCUCUCCAACCUUCAUUUGGUUUACUCUAUAAUUUUUGUUUUAUUAAUAGACUAAAGCAUGCACGCUAGCAUUUUCUGUGGUUGA